AAAUGAGCAUAAAAAAUAUAUUACUUGAAUGAUACAACUUUCCUUUCCUUUGCACGAAACCUGCCUUCUCUGCCAAGAAAACUUAGAACCUCUACUCUAAAGAUGGAUUAUGGGCUUGGUAGGCUGAAGAAUUUGAACAAGGUGGGAAUCUAGAAUAUUGAAAUGUUCAUCGUAGUUGGUUUCCAGUUGCCUUCUAUGAAAGUUGUCUCUCAAUCAAGAAACCAACAAAAAAAAAAAAAAAAACACAACCUCAUAUAUCCUAAACCAUGGCUCUUGCAUAGCAUGAAUGUUCUCUAAGAUUUUGAUCAUUUUUAAUGGAAGAGCAAGAGGAUAAUAAGCAGCAGCAGCAGCAGCAACCGCAGCUUCCCCAAAGGAUUUCUCUUGCUUAUGUUGAACAGGUGAACACAGAUUUGAUCAUGGCCUUGGCAAUGCAACAGCAGGAGCACGAGUUGGCCUAUACGACGCUGGAGACCAUUGCAAGUGAUAGUGAAGAAGACGAAAAUUCAGAUUCCAACAGCAACAAUGGUCUCGAUACAAAUGCUACCUCACAAAGGCAAGAACUUGUAUCCCGGUGGGCUUUUUUGGAAGACGAUGAGGAGACUACGGAUGGAAAUGAUGAUAUGGAAGAAGAUGAAGAUGGGGAUUUUGAGGGUUUUGAUCUGGAUGAGCUAACUUAUGAGGAGUUGAUUGCAUUAGGGGAGUUCAUUGGGGAAGAAAAGAGGGGCCUACCGAUAAACGAAAUACCUUCAUGCUUGCACUCGAGCAAGUUCCAAACUAUCGAAAACAGAAGUGGGAUAGAUCGGUGUGUGAUUUGCCAAGUUGAAUAUGAUGAUGGUGAAGAAUUGGCUGCUCUUCCUUGUGAGCAUCCGUAUCAUUCAGAAUGUAUAGGCGAAUGGCUUCAAAUCAAAAGGGUUUGUCCAAUAUGUGGCACAGAAGUUUCAUCCCCCAAUGGUUCUAAAAAUGAAUAAUCUCCAAACAAAUUGGUGGGCUAAUUGCAAAAUGGGGGAAAAGGUCAGAUCAAUGUUCGUAAUUUGUUCAUUUAAUUGAAAGGAAAUGUUAAGAACUUCACAAAAAAGAUAGGAAGGCUUCUUUAUAUUUUUAUUGUUUUUAAAACCCAACAUCUCAUUCUAAAGGUAGCCUCUUUAGGUUCAUUAUGUUGGAAAUUAUUUGUAUUAAGAUUGUUGUGAUUAACUGAUACUUCUCGUUAAAUUA